CAAGUAAAAUAAAGACCCACCCAAGGAAUCACAUUAUUCGGCACCGCAGAGGGUCAGAACUCGUCAGAAUCUAAAGGCCCCAAAUUGGCGGGAAAAUAAAACAUUAGAAGUAGAAGAAGACGAAGAGAGAGAGUUAGUUGUAGCUGCAGAGCGAGAAAGAGAGAGAGAGAGAGAGAGAGUAGAGAGAGAAAAUGAAGGAGAGAGGGAAAGGGACGGAGCCAUCGGUGGAAGAGAGGUACACACAGUGGAAAUCCCUCGUCCCCGUUCUCUACGACUGGCUCGCCAACCACAACCUCGUCUGGCCUUCUCUCUCUUGCCGAUGGGGUCCGCAACUAGAGCAAGCCACUUACAAGAAUCGUCAACGUCUUUACCUUUCUGAACAGACUGAUGGCAGUGUUCCGAAUACACUGGUUAUAGCCAACUGUGAGGUGGUCAAACCUAGGGUUGCUGCUGCGGAACACAUAUCUCAGUUCAAUGAAGAAGCACGCUCGCCCUUCGUGAAGAAAUAUAAAACCAUCAUUCAUCCAGGCGAGGUGAACAGAAUCAGGGAACUCCCACAGAAUAGUAAGAUAGUGGCUACACAUACUGACAGUCCUGAUGUCUUCAUUUGGGAUGUUGAGGCUCAACCUAAUCGUCAUGCUGUAUUGGGAGCUACAAUUUCCCGUCCUGAUCUGCUUUUAACCGGGCAUCAAGAUAAUGCUGAAUUUGCUCUUGCUAUGUGCCCAACUGAGCCUUUUGUACUCUCUGGAGGCAAGGACAAGUCAGUAGUCCUUUGGAGUAUUCAUGAUCAUAUCUCAACUUUAGCGUCAGACUCAGCAGCCACAAAAUCUCCGGGAUCUGGUAGCUCCAAUACUAAACAUGCUAAGGUUGGUGGGAGUAAUUACAUACCUGCAGACAGCCCUUCACUUGGACCACGAGGUGUCUACCAAGCACAUGAGGAUACUGUUGAAGAUGUGCAGUUUUGCCCAUCAAGUUCUCAGGAGUUCUGUAGCGUAGGUGAUGAUUCUUGCCUCAUACUGUGGGAUGCAAGAUCUGGCUCUGCUCCUGUUGUGAAGGUUGAAAAAGCUCACGAUGCUGAUCUUCACUGUGUUGAUUGGAACCCUCAUGAUGUCAAUCUCAUUCUAACUGGGUCCGCUGAUAAUACUAUUCACAUGUUUGACCGACGAAAUCUCACUUCUGGUGGUAUUGGAUCCCCAGUUCAUAAAUUUGAAGGUCACAAUGCAGCUGUCCUUUGCGUACAGUGGUCUCCAGACAAGUCAUCCGUCUUUGGAAGUUCUGCUGAGGAUGGCAUUUUAAACAUCUGGGAUCAUGAGAAGAUUGGUAAAAAGCAAGAAUCUGUCGGAUCAAAGUUGCCAAAUGCUCCUGCAGGCUUGUUCUUUAGGCACGCCGGUCAUAGGGACAAGGUCGUUGAUUUUCACUGGAAUGCAUCUGAUCCAUGGACGAUUGUUAGCGUGUCUGAUGAUUGUGAAAGUACUGGAGGUGGUGGCACACUACAGAUAUGGCGGAUGAUUGAUUUGAUCUACAGGCCAGAGGAAGAGGUCCUGGCCGAGCUGGACAAGUUCAAGUCUCACAUACUGACAUGUGCUUCGUGACUUCUCUUACCAAAGUUGGAUAAACUUUGUUUCCUUUUUUUUUUUUUCCUUUUUUUCUUUUUUUUUUUCUUUGGGUCUAGAUAGUGAUUUGCCCAAUUGCAGUGAUUCCCUUUUGAAAAGAGAAACAUCUGGGACAAAUGAAGACGACUAGGGAAGCCAAAUACUGUUUAGAGCUUGGUUCAGUAGUUGCUCAUGGUUUCACAAAAACUGGAGAGAUAUUUGGUUCAUUCAUUGGGUUAUUUGGCAAAUUGACAUUUGUCUGGGUUCUUGUGGUCCAAAAAGCCCACGGCAAA